CCCACGACUGCCCCGCAACGCCUGGCCUGCAGGCAACCUGUCGCUCAAGAUCGGUCUCUGUCCUGAAGCGCAGGGCAGAGGAACGCCAGGAGGAGGGAGUCAGGCGCGGACAUCUCUGCACGCACUGGCACGGGCGAAACUCCGCGCGCGACUCCGGAGUAGGUUGGCUCGCGGAUCACAAGAAAUCAAAGUGGAAGAGGCAGAGGUCGAGGACACAGUUUUCGCCAAACAGGAGGAAAGUGAACAAAAUGCGAUCUCCAGGCGCGGCCACGUCACCGAAUCAGCAACAUCGGAGAGAACCCGCAGCGAGCGGACAACUCUAGGAUGGGCUGCGGAUCCGCCGCAGACGCUGCAGAACGCAUGACAAAUGGAGUAUGGAAGAGGAGAGCAAACCUUGCAGUAGACGGUGCGUGAGCAGGGUGAGCCUUGAGAUGCGGCCUGGCGGCUGGAUGUCUUCAGCAUCCGGGCCAACCUUUGACUGCCUGCUCCCACGCGCGAGCUGCACCGCCCUGGGCGGGAGUAGGCAUCAAGUCGAUCGUGAGAGCCAGCGACUUUCAAAAAAUUGUUCCAAACUGGCGAUGCCGCGCGGAUCGCCCGACCCCACCUGGUCCGGCCCCACCUGGGCGGCCCUGACGUCACAGCUCGGCGGCGAGCCCGGGGGGAAGUGAAAAAGGGCGAGCCUUCUCAGA